UCAUCUUAACCAGUCCCCUGUCCUAAAUAUCCCCACUGGACGCUAUUGCGAACAUCCUUUCCUUUAUCUAGACAGUUUGCGUUUGAGGGUCGUUGGAAUUGGUCGAGGGAUGGGCAGCUGAAGUGAGAGUGUUUCAUUUGGCCUUGCUCUUGUAAACCAGAAAAGCAGUAGCAUUUCAGCCUUGCAAGAGGGGAGCUUUGUAACAUCAGAAACAUCUACUGCACGUGAUAAACGACUAAGAAUCAUGCCUGAAGAAUAAUUACACCGCCAGAGAGAGAGAGAGAGAGAGAAAGGAAGAGAUCUUAGUAUAAAAAGAAACGUUUCACAACACCACCUAUUCUCAAUUCCUCAAGAAAAAUGGGAAAGCUUUUGAUAAUUGUCUCUCUCAUAGCCAUAAUGGCGCAGGCAAACGAAUUGGCAAAAGUACGAACUGAGGAGGAUCUGCGAAAGCUUCUUCUUAGUAACUACGAUAAGAACGCGAGACCCAACUACAAGACCGUGGUUGUAUUUUCCUCGAUGACAAUAGUUAACUUCGAUGUGCAUGAAGCGGACCACUCCAUGGAACUCCAAAACUGGCUCAGUUUUUCUUGGAAGGACCCGAGACUGCAGUGGCGUCUUGGAGCCAACUUGAACAUCAGCACCAUAGGAAUGGAUCCUGAAAACAUCUGGAAGCCAGAUUUGUCUGUUUACAAUUCGGCUGCCGGGCCAAGGACGUUGAUUAGGUCGCAGCUUCCUCUUCUUUUGGAUUCGACGGGGAAAAUUUCGUACGUGCCUGUGUACGACUUCCACUUCACGUGCCUCAUGGAUCUGACGUACUGGCCUCAUGACACACACAACUGCUCUGUCAAGAUUGGUUCUUGGGUCCACAAUGGCCAUCUGCUAGAUCUGGAACUGAAAAAUUUCGCGAUAUAUAACAAAGUUCCAACGGCUGAUACGAGCGACGGACAGAACCUCAGCCGAUUCGAAUGGAACAUCACGGAGACUCACGCAGUUCGGGAAGUGAAAUACUACCCCUGUUGUGAGGAGCCCUACGUCAACAUUUGCAUGUGGAUGCUCCUCACUCGAAAUGCCCCAGCUUAUGCUUGGACAGUCAAAAUGCCUGCGGCUUGUCUAAGCAUCCUGACGCUGGUCAUGUUCCUGCUUCCGCCCGGCGCUGGUGAGAAGAUUAUCUUCGGUGGUCUCUGCCUCGUUCUCGAUCUUCUGUACAUAGAUUACACCUCUUACGCGAUCAAUCACGCUCCCUCUCAUACGCCACUCAUAGUACAACUGGUGUGUCAACAGGUCGUGUUACUGAUGAUCAGUGUGAUUGUAUCUGCCAUUGUCAUUAGGAUAUCAAGAGACCCACAUUCCUCAGGCAUCCCUUCGAUAAUUAAAAGACCAGUUACAACUCUAGCCUUUUUCCUCUGUCUAAGAAACUACGGCAGUCUCCUCUCAAGGACGAUCAAACCAGACGAAGAGGAAGUAGCGGACGAAUGUUUUGGGGACAUAAGGAAACGAGAUCUCCGUUCGGGCAGCGUCGAGUGGCUCAUUCUAGCGGCAGUGAUCGACCGUCUCUUUUUCAUCCUAUAUUUCGCUAUUUGCAUGAUCAGCCUCAUCCGUUUCAGCAGCGUUCUCUGAGGCUUCGUCCAUAUUCUCCCAGGUUUCAUGUGUAUUUAAGCUACAUUCUUCAAGCACCGUGUACUUUCUUUAACAUUCGCGCUCUUUUUUUUUUAAUGUUCAAUUCACAGUUUAACUUCGUACACAUUUUUUGUUUAAGUUCAAGUCUCUUUUCAAGGCUUCAAAUACAUUCUUUAAGGUUCAUCGAAAUUUUAAAAGCUGCAUUGUACUUCCUUUAAAGCUAAGUUCACUUUUUAAGGUUUCAUGUACUUUCUCUAAGGACUAUCACUAAGUCUUCUAAAAGCUUCAUGGGAGUUCUUAAAGACACGGAGGACUUCGUUAGCCUUCGGGUGUUCUCUUGAAAUAUCAGAUAAGUUUACAAGGCUUUGGAUAAUAUUUUAAAAACUUGAUUUACUUUUUAAGAGUUGUUAUUUUUUUAUUUCUCAGGCGCCGUUUACUUUCAUUAAAACUCACUGUGUUUGGUCAUCACUUACUUUCCAUGAAGCUUUCACUAAUUCUCUCCAAGAUAGCCAUAUAUGUUCCAGACUUCAGUAAUGAUCCCAGAGGGAGAGUCGUUCACUAGUGUUUGUGUGUGUGUUUUUAACGUUCAUAUUACCCAGUUCACUGCAAUUUUAGUAAUAUAAUUCUAUAACUUUUUGUUAAUGCUAAUCAAGAUUUCUUUUCGUUACUCCCAUUCUAUUGCACGUCUCAAAUAUGUUAUGCUUUCUGCUCUAUACUCUGUCAUUUACGUCUUAAUACAUCUUAAUCCCAGUUCUAAUGCCCGUUCCUCAGAAAAUCGACGGCCUUUCUUCGCAACAUUGACGAUAAAUUGGGAUCUCGUGUCUUUUGAGGUGAACUGUGACUAUGCUACCUUUUUUCAUGUUUCUCAUGUUCUAUUCAGUGAAACGAAAAGUCUGUGUCACGUUAAAUCUGUUGUGAAAAAAAAUAAAUGGUUCACUGCC